CGAGCCCGACAAUGUGUGCGAGGUGAUCAGUUGGCAAAAGACUGUGAAGGACAGAAACUGGAAGUUACUUCUUGUUUCAGUCGAAUGUGUCCUGUGGAUGGCAAGUGGAGUGCCUGGGGACCAUGGAGUCAGUGUAGUAGUUCCUGUCUCAGACAACGCCAGCGACUCUGCUCUAAACCCCUAUAUGGAGGAAAGCCCUGCAUUGGGGAUAACAUUCAGAUAGAGAAGUGCUAUACAGCUGACUGCCAAAAGUUGCCUGUCAUGAAUACUGCUCCCAAGUCUGCUUCUCUGCGUAUCAGUGGAGAACUGAAUGGAGAGAAGGUAGAAGGCAUGUACUUGGAUGCAGAUAUCACCCAAGAUGGUCCCAAACAACUGGUUACAGCCACUGUCAAGGAUAUACUCAAAGCUCAGGCCAAUUGGUUUCCAUAUCUUACUUUCUUAAUGCCUCCAUUGCCCUGGAAUACAGCAUCGGAAAAAGAAAAGGCUAACAAUGGAUAUACUUUAACAAAUGGUAAUUUCACUGAAGAAUCAAGAUUUCAGUUUGCCACAGGACAAGAACUCGUGGUGAGGCACAAGGGCAAAGGAGUGGACAAGGAAGGCGCUCUCAAAGUUGACAUUGAAGUAGUGGGGAAAGUUCCAAUGAUACAGCCUACUGCCUCAGUUGUUAUCAGCCCCUAUACGGAGGAUUACAUACAGACUGGACCCAACUCUCUGUACACUUCUUCAAGGAGUUUCUCUUGA